AUGAAACUCCAACCAGGUCAUGGCUUAAGUUUGCAGCUUGGAACUGAUUAUGCAAGGAGGAAAAUGAAACUACAGCAGGAGCUUCAACAGGACUAUAGACAACAUGUUGCAAAGAAAAAUGACCUGAAAACUAAUGAGUGCCAUCCAGAACCCCAGGGUCUGUCCUUACCUAUAUAUGAUAAGACAUCAGUGCAGCAAAAACUACGAGAGGAGAGGAGUAAAGAAUACAACCUCUUCCUUGAGAAACAAGUUCAAAAGCAACGGUCAAGAAGAGGGGGGCCUCCUGUCACCACAGAGCCUGGACAUAUGCAGUCUUCAGAUGCUGUGCACGUUCCCCCUCCAGUUUCUCUCCCUCUGUUCAGCAACACACAAACAAAUGAUCACCAUCCUCCUUGGGAGCACCCUGCAUCCAGGCGUGAUGCAGCCACUCUGACUGAGGCGGUGGAUGAUGGAAAAAGGGCAGAGACUUGGGUUCCAGGCCAUCGGGGACGAAGACGUUGGCGAGUAAUUAGACCAAAGGAGUCAUAUAGCUCUGAGGAGGAGAUGAGCACUGACAGAGAGGAGGAUCUGGGGUUAAGACACAGGCAGAGGCAUAGCAGAACUACUCCAGAGCCUGUUUACAGAGAGGAGAGGAGGAUCAGAGAGCACAUAGAUAACAGAGCGCCCCUGCACAAAACAGAGGUGGAGACUCCUGGUGGUUAUGAUGAGAACAACAACAACUUGUAUGGGAAACCAGAUCUGCAGAUGCCAGACAGAAUGAGGACGGCUGCAAGAUCAAAACCUCUAACCAGACAGGAAAGAGCAGAGUUUGCUACAGGACUUAUGAUUGGAGCAACAGAGGAACAGACAGCCUCUCAGCAGAGGAAAGAACAAUACAAGCAAGAGCUACUGAAACAGAUUGCAGAACAGCAGAAGAACAAGCUCAUGGAGAAAAAACUUGAGCUGAGGGUGACUGCUACUGGAGCCACAGACCCUAAGAAAGAGUUUGGGUCUGAGAAUCCAGGUUACAACAGACUGAAAGAGAAUAUCUCCACAAAACCUGGAAUAGAUCAGGAGAUCAUAAAAAAGGAUCAGAAUCCAAGCCCUAAUGAAAUGGCUGAUGUGGACUACAGCACAGGUCUCAGUCAGCUGAGAGGGAUGCCUAUGCCUGGGUCAGGCACCGGGGUAGGACAUGUCCCAUUAUUAGACUAUUUCAAUGAAGACUACCACAGGGACUUCUCAAACAUGAUGGGAGAUGUGGCCAUACAGAGGGUUCUUGCUGGUCCUCCUCCUGCCCCUCCCAUUGUUGGUAACCAUUACAACUCUCCUUAUGAUGCAGCCUAUUACUACUAUGGAACCAGGAACCCACUGGACCCUUAUCUUCCUCACUAUCAGAACAGUGCAUCUUGGAGGGAACACCAUUCAGGAAAUUUCCAAAGUCCUCCUCUAAGACCACCUCCUGUCAGACCGAGUGGCCGGAAUGAAGCCCCUGAUCAGCAGAGAAUGUCUCCGCUGAAUAUAGGAGAAGUUUUAGCGGAGAAGUCUAAGCAGGCGAGUCCACUGACUUACCAAGAAGCACUCAGACAGCAGAUUAAAGAUAGAGAGGAGCAGAGAAGACAAGAAAAAGAAGAGAAAGAGCGUGAAAAUGCCAAAAUAGAGGCGUACAACCCUUGGGGGAGAAGUGGAGGAGGUGCCCCAAUCAAAGACCAAAAUGGCAACCUAGUUAGCAAUCUGACCGAAAUGCACAGGAUCCUCGAGGAGUCAUAUAGGAAUCCAGUGCCCAGGAAUAGUAGACAGACUCAGAGCUUUUUGAUGAGUGAUGCACUCUCUCCUAGAGGUAAAGACAAAGCUCCUCAUCCUCAUCAACUGGCAGGUAGAGAUCUUUACAGAGAAGAGCUGAAAAAUCAGAUAGAGGAGAAGAGGCGAAAACAGGAGGAAGAGAGGGAACGAAUGAGACUUCAGGAGGAGAAAGAAGAAAAGAGACUGGAGUACCAGCGGGCUUGCAUGAAGCGGGAAUAUGAGGAGGACCAGAGGAGGCAAAACAAAGUGGAGAAUAGGCCAGAAAACCACAGCUGGACACAUGAACCUAAAACACGAAACAGGAGGGAGGACGAGUUGAGGCAGGAACAAAAGAUUGAAAAGAUUGAGAAGAAGAUACCUGAGAGCAACAAGGACAGGGAAGAGGACCGGGCAGUGCCAAGUUAUGAGAGAGAGCCAUCUCCUCCUGUCCCAGCAUUGCUGAAGAAGCUGUCAGAUCCUGUGGCAUCUAGACCUUCCUCAGUUACCAGUCAACUCUCCUCGAGAACUGACCACUUUGUGUCAGCACCAAGCUACCAAGAAGUCCCUGCAGAAGCACCUCAGCUACAAGACGUUCAGCAGGAGGUGUUUAGAGAGCUGUCAGUCCUCCGCAGGCAUCUGAGGAAAGAGCUGAGACAGGUGGAGCAUCAGAUGGCCCAGACAAAUUCAGAGAACAGUAACUACACUUUCUCCAGCAGGUCCAGAGGACAACCUAGAGUGGCUGCAUUUGAAAUGCCACACAAGCAAGAUGUUCAGCCAUCAACACAGAGUCUUUAUUCUGGUGCUGCACAAGUAAAUAUGCAAAAUAUCAGAGAGUUCAACCAGCUUAAAUACAGAGACACAGCAUCUCGAGAAGAGGUCCGUCACAUGUACCCUGACCCUCCCACUGACGCACAAAGCCUUGACAUCCAACAGCAGGCACUUAUUCGGGAACAACAACGCAAAAUCUGGCUUAUGAAAAGAGAGGAAGAGCAAGACUUUUUGGACAAGGAACUGAACCUCUAUGAUCCUAGGAACAAGCAUCGAUACUUGGACCGUGGAGACUCUGUAUUACCAUCUCAGAGCACUUUUAUUGAUGUUUACAGCGAGGAUGCUGGUGAGGAGCAGGUCCAUCAGCAGAGACAACUUCAGCCGUCAGCAGACAACAGAGAGAGGAUGGCAACACAGAGGAGACGUGACUAUGAUAAGGUUGCAGAGUCCAGGGAUCAGAGGGAUCGUCAGUCUGUACUGAAGCUAGAAUCUGAAGUCAGAGCCCACCACCACCAGCCCCAUGUCCAGAGAGAAGAUACUCACACAGGAGAUCACACAGCCAGAUCAGAGGGGCUGUCUGCAGAUGGAACAGAUGCCUUAUCUCUUCGCUCUGCCCUGGAGAGGCGUGUGUCCGUGGACACUGUUGCCACAGAGCCCUGGCUGCGACCUGGCACCUCAGAUGCUGUGAAACAGUCCGGCUGCAGGGAGAGGCCAAACAGUAGGAUGGAUCCUCAACCCUGGCUGACACACCGCGUCAAAUAA